AUGCUUGGAAGCAGAAAGGAAAGGUUCGCCUCUAUUUUUAAAAGAGUCAAAGGAAUGAUUGAAAAAGGGGCUCUAGAUUAUGAAGACCGCCCAUUGUGGUACGAUGUAUACAAAGCAUUUCCUCCACGUAUUGAUCCUUCGUAUGAUCGACCAUGUCCUACUACCACAGUGCAGAAUAUUAUCUACCCAGAAGAUUGUGAAAGAGCAGCCUUUUUCAAAGGUCAUCACAGGCUCGAAACAUUAAACAUGUUCAAACUAGUGGACAAUCGUUCGACACUGUCUAAGCUCUUAAAAAAGUGUAGGAAUUUGAGAGAGCUUCACCCAGACUUAAAUUCGGAAGAAAUUCUGUCAUUGGCUGAAAAGGAGCUAAAACAAGAUGAGACGAUAAAUAAGCACAAAUUCGAUAGUACUGAAAGCUAG